AUGUCUGCUAAACGCAACAGACCGGCGCCUAACGUCGACGGAUGGAAGAAGGAGCGAAAUCUUUCUCCUGUUCAUCGUCUGGUUGCAUGGCUCAAUUUUUUGCCCCCCAGUGCCGAAGAAUGCCACAAGCCUGGCCCUGAUGACAAGUUGCCUGUAUUUGACGAGUGGAACCAGGCGCUUUACCUGCUUCCAUUUGCGAUGCUCCCAUUUACAGUACGCUACUUGUACUACCAUUAUGUGGAUACUCAGAUGCCAAAUCACUGGACCAUCUUUGUCAUGUUCUUUACCUAUACGGUGUUCUUUGCAGCGGUGUUUGUCCGCUUUUUGAACCGGCUUGCGCUCAAGUACGGCUACCUGGACUCGGGUGUUGGCCGUGAUACUAUCUCUUACAGUAUGGUAUCGAAACUCUCCAUUGAGGCCAUCAGUGCCCUGUCUUUGCGUCCGCUCGGCAUGGUUCUUCUCACAUACAACCCUGCUGAAGCGCCCAAGCUGACGAUUUGGUUCCCAUUCCAGCUGUUUAUAUUUACACUGAUUGAGGACUUUAACUACUACUGGUUCCAUCGCCUUUGCCAUGAAGCUGAGAGUGCAUGGAAAGUCCACCGUCUUCAUCACACGACGAAGCACCCUACCGCACUCCUCCUCAGCUACGCGGACGAGAUACAAGAAGUCAUUGACAUUGUUGGUGCACCUUUGCUGAGUUGGUUUACAUUCCCCAUCCCUUACGAUGUGUUGUCCGUCUGGGUUCUUAUUCACAUUUCCAUUCAGCUUCACGGCCACAGCGGUAUCCGCUUGCACUAUGGCACUCUUCUGACUGGCCCUUGGCUGCGUCCAUUAAACCUAGAACUUGUUGAAGAGGACCACGAUCUUCACCACCGUCAUGGCUGGAAGGAUUCGUACAACUACGGGAAACAGUCUCGUGUAUGGGAUACCCUGUUUGGCACUACGGGCGAUCGCAUCGAAGGCUACGAAGAAAACCUUCAGUGGGGCACGUUUAUUAGUCCGUAA